ACCUGAUCCAUGAUCUUCAUUGGUCCAUGAAGGUCUCUACCGAUCAUCCUUCAUCUGGAAUCAUCUGGGUGAUUUCCCAUCGCUGCUGAACUUCCCAGGAACCACAGACUCAGGGAGUUCUCUGACCCUAACCCCAGAGUUCUCCAACCCUAACCCCAAAGAGUUCUCCGACCCUAACCCCAAAAAGUUCUCCGACCCUAACCCCAAAGAGUUCUCCGACCCUAACCCCAAAAAGUUCUCCGACCCAAACCCCAAAGAGUUCUCCGACCCUAACCCCAAAGAGUUCUCCGACCCUAACCCCAAAGAGUUCUCCGACCCAUACCCCAAAGAGUUCUCCGACCCUAACCCCAAAGAGUUCUCCGACCCUAACCCCAGGACAGUUCUCUGACCCAAACCUAGGAGAGCCCCAACCAGAAUUUGGAUGACUUCAACUUGAAAGCAGUCCCUAGAUGUUUUGUGAUCCCCAGAGAGCCCUGAUCAGAUCCUUCUCUAGUUCAAUGAUCUAGCAGGUCUAAAGCCAGCCGAGGGACAGAGUAGUACUGUUUGAAUCAAAGUACACUAUCCUUUUGAUCAACCUUUAUAUUGUUUGUUUGAUCAAAGUUCUUGAAGGUUCUAAGAAGCCUCUCAGAAGAUGGCCCUGCCAUCCUCUCUAAGUUGUUACCGAUCAACAGUGUGUGGGUUGACAGACAGGGGAACCAAACCCCUGACCAACGAUGAAAUAUGUGAAAUGAUUGCAGCCAGGGUGGCAGAGUUUAGGUCAUCCAGAGAAUAUGCUCUGUUCAACAACAGAACCCCAAAGCAAACAGACCCUUUACUCCAAUUGGACUCUGGGACAUCGCACUCCAGCCUUGUUCCAGACCUCCAUACCUCUGUCUCCAGCAAAGACGACGGUUCUAAGCUUACUGUUUCCCCAUCAGCCUUUGAAAACAGCCGGAGCACUGAGGCGACGCAGUUUGAGGACAGAGAAAAUCCAUCAACCUCCCAGAACCAGCACCGGGCGCCUUCCUGUGAUCCUGUCAGGAGGUCUGGGUUCCCAUCAGACAUGCCGACUCCAUCUGACACCGAUGGAGAUCCUGGAAGCUUCCUUGAGGUGGUUGGAGAGGCAGCCCAGGAUCUGUCACAGCUCAGUGACCUCACAUUGGGCUCAGACCAGCAUAACCCAACCAAGACUGUCCCACAAACCCAACCCAAUGAUCCAGAACCAAGCUACGCCAAUGGAUCACCGCCAUUCCCGCUGUUGACUGAUCCUCAGUACGAAGACAUAUCAGACGCAGAGGAACCAUCGAAGCAGUGCCCGGGUGUGGGGGAAGGGGGGAACCAGCUCCGUAGCACAGGGAUGGGUUCCAGCAGAACAUUAGAGAACGAGCCGGGCCGGGCCCACCCAGAGCCCGGCCCGGAUGGAGAAGCAUCACUGUGUAAUGAAGAUUUGGCUGAAGUUCCCAUAGAACCGGAUCAUCCCACAUGUGAGGAGAUGGCUUUGGAAGAGCAGUAUGCCAUCCUCUAUGAGCCUGGUUCCACUCCCAGCGAUGAAGAGGAUGAAGAUGACUGGGAGGUGAUCCCUGUCAGCAUGUUGGACCUCAGCUUUGAUCCUCUGGACCGACCCGCCUCAGCAGAGGAGCUGGGAGAGGUAGAGCAGAACCUGUGCUUGGUUCCACAGCCAGUACCAGCCUCUGCCUUUUCCCAGAUGGCCGUCUUUGACACGCCUGACGAUCAGGAGCAAGCGGUCCGAUUUGGACAGCUUUCUAUGAUCAUCCCCGCCUGUCAGAGUCCAAAGACAUGCUCCGACAAGGAGAGCGGUGACGCUGAGAUCAUUGACCUUCUGGCCUCUGAUGACGAAGAUGACAAGCGCUGCGAGUCAGAAUGCCAGACGGGUUCUGAACAUGUCCAACGUUCUUCACAAAGUACGGACAGCGGCUCCGAAUGCAUUCUGCUUGAAGAGGAGGACCGUGACCCGAAGGACGAAGGCGUUGUAAUUAUUGUGUCUGACUCAGAGGAUGACGUCGACCACAGAGGGGGGAACCAAGCAGGUUCUGGAGAACCAGGACCGGCUCCUACAGACUCUGCUGAACCUCAGCACGGGUCCCAACCAGAGCACCGUGUGCCUCAGUCUGAUGGACCCUCAGGAGAAGACCAACCCACACCCAGACAGUCAUCAGAACCAGGCAGACACCCUGAGAAGGUUCUGGUUCCUAAGAAAAAGAAGCAGAAAUCGAUUUCCCGCGGCGCCAGGCGCUCCUCGGACUCAGCCCUUAUUCCUCGCCUUUUUGACAGGAAUUCCACCUCUAAUGAACUGGUUACACUGGUGGGGGCAUCUGAAGAGGCAGGCAGAGACCCGACUGGACCCAGCCAGUCCCCCAGAACCACUACUGUCCCGCCGAAAGAGAAGCAUCAGCUGCUCAGGAGGGGAUGCACUGCGAGUUCUUCCUCUGUUACCAGUCAGAGCCAGAAGAAACCCGCUAGCCGCAUCAUGCAUGCCUCCCAGAACCAGUACCAGCGUUCCCUGUCCUUUGAUGGACCCUCUGCACCAUAUCAGCCGCUUACCCUGGCUAGGCUUCCGUCAGCUCCAGUGCAGUCUGGCCAAGGCUUGAGCCACGCCAAGAGCAGGAUCUUCGAUGACUGGAAGAGGCAGCAUGUCCCUCUGCGGAAGGAGAGGAGGAACAAGAAGAAGGGACGACCAAAUCCCCUCUAGACGCUCCUCUGGUGUCCAGGAGACGCUGUCCCCUCUAGACGCUCCUCUGGUGUCCAGGUGGACGGAUUUGGUGCUGGGCCAUGGCCUCUGGAACCUCGUACUGCCUUGCAUGGCAUUGUUUCUGUGGAAGCACUUAAAGGUUCUCUGCGUUCCUCUGAGCGGUGCACCCUUAUCACCGUAUGAUGUGUCUCUGUUUCAGUCUGAGGUCUAUGAAACUGUUGCUGUUUGCCUGCUUUCAUUUUUUCAUGAUAUUAUUCUGAUGAUUGAACCACUGAACAAAUAAAAAGGAGAGGACUCCAGGUCAGUGUCUUUUUGUCCCAAUGUUUGAGGUGUAAUUAUCUGAACUCAGAACUUUAAAUAUUAGAAAUUCCCUCAUGGGGGGGCUAUCCAGUUAGUACAGCAUGGUCCUGAUCAGCUGACCAUCUACUGCACUGAAUCAGCUUCCUGCUCUACCUGUUUGGAUGCAGAGGCUUGGAGGAACUGAAGAUGAGGUUCUGUGGUGUAGAGCAGAGGUCUUCUACCCUGGUCUUCAGGUUCCACCGUCCAGCAUCUUUUAAAUGGCCCCCCACCUCCACUCACCUGACUGAAACACGAUAAACAGGAGGCCAGUGGAGAGGAAAUGUUAUUUGAUUGAAGAAGUGGAAGCAUAGGUGUA